AAAAGCGUAUUGAUGUUCUUCCAGAAAUCAGAUAUCCCCUACUUCAUAUUCGCAACCAUAAAUGUAUGCAUUGCUGCAGCUGCUACCCCUUUGCAAACAUUGGUAUAUGGUAAAAUCUUUGCCAGGCUUAGCAAUUUCUAUUCUGGUCACUAUUCGGAUUAUCAAAUCUUCAUUUCUGAUGUUCGUCUACUCUGUUUGCUCAUCAUGGCUAUAGGCGGUUGUAAGAUGCUAUUCACAUUCUUGGGUGUUUCUUGUUGGAUGCAAUUUGGAGAAAGACAACAAUUGCGAGCAAGAACAAAACUCUACAAACUAAUGCUCUCCAGAAAAAUGGAAUGGUUUGACUCUGUCGAUGGUACAUCUGGUCAGAUCUCACAGGUUAAUCGUUGUGUUGAAGAAUUGAGAUCUGGUUCUUCGGAAGUUAUUGGUUUAUUGGUUCAAUCCAUUGCUAGUAUUAUUGCCUUGCUGAUAACUUCACUCUAUCAUUCCUGGUCAUUGACACUAGUUAUCAUGGCAACAUCUCCAAUUAUGGCCAUAUUCUCGUGGUUGUUUGGCAGAUUGACUUACAAGGCUGCAGAUCAGGAAAACAGAUUGAACGCUCUGGCCGCCAAAAUAUUAGAUUGGUGUUUAAGCUGUGCGUCUGUUGUCAGAGUAUUCAAUGGAAAAUAUGUAGAGCAAGCAAAAUUCAACAGGUUGAUCGACAUGUCAGCUGGGGUAUACUUCAAGUUGGCUGCAGCAAUGGCUGGCAAUUCAGGAAUUCUAAGAACAUUAUCGAUAAUGAUGUUUGUCCAAGGGUUCUGGUUUGGAAACUAUAUGAUUAGUAUUGGAGAUCUUGAUAUAAAUCAAGUGUUUACCUGUUUCACCUCUUGUUUAAUGUUGGGAGCUGCUAUAUCUGAUCUAGCAAAUCUUCUAUCCAGUCUCAAUACCGCAAGAGCUGCAGCUUCAAUGAUUUCCAAAUUUAUGUUGUCACAAGGUGAAGUUCUUGACGAAGAGAGCCAUUAUUUGCAGCCUGCCAUUUGUAAAGGAAGAAUAGAGUUUAAAGAUGUCUGCUUUCAUUAUCCAGGAAGAGAAGGACAAGUUCUUAACAAUCUUUCUGCUACAAUUGAGGCUCAAAAAUUGACAUUUAUCAUUGGAAAAUCUGGUUCAGGAAAAUCAACUAUUUCGCAACUAUUGUUGAAAAUGUAUAGCAAUAAUGAAGGAACCAUUUCGAUCGACGGACAUGAUAUUUCAACCUUGAGCAGAAAUUGGAUAACAGAUUCUAUUACAGUUAUUGAACAAUCAGUUACAAUUUACAAUCAAACACUCAGGAACAAUUUGGCGGUGUCGGUUGUUAAUAAAUAUGGUUCGCUAAAUAGUGUUCCAUUAUCGUUGAUACUGGAUGCGCUUUCUUUUGCCCGUUUGAAUGAAGUCGUAGAAGGACUCGAAGAUGGAAUAGACACCACUAUUUCUUCUUCUACUCUUUCGGGUGGCCAGAAGCAGAGGGUUGCGAUAGCUAGAGCAAAAUUGAGGGACACUCCAAUCCUUAUCCUUGAUGAAUCAUUAUGCGCAUUAGAUAACAGAUUGAGAAUUCCAUUAUUCAACGAAAUAAGAGAAUGGAGAAAGGGAAAGACAACAAUUGUAAUUGUUCACGAGCUAGACUAUCUAAAUGACAAUGACAAUGUCAUUGUCUUGGAAAAUGGUUCUGUAAAGUACCAUGGUUUGUUCGAGGAAGUUAGGGAUCAAGAGAUUAUUCUGAGGUUCAAUGACGAAAUUAGUUUUGAAUCAAAGACAAGCCUGGUUAUAGACCCAAUUCCUAGAAAAUCAGUAGAGUACAAUUACUUGACCAAUCCAGUUAUUCUCAAAGACUUGGAGAAGAAUGUUGGUUCAAAAAUUGCAGAUGACAAUUCUGAUGAGGUUUAUUGUGUUCUUGCAAUACUAAAGUAUUGCUUUCAUACUAUUGAAACAAAACCAUGGAUAGCAGUUGGAUUACUAUUCUCUGUCUUCAGUGGAAUUGCUGGUCCCGUAUUCUCCUUUAGUUUCUCCAGGUUACUCUCCAGCAUGGUCGAAGCUUCUGUGGGCAUUAACAUCACUCACAAACUCAAAUUGUGGUCUCUAAUUGUUGUAGGCAUUUCUGUUGCUAGUGGCGGGUCUCAUUUUGUAUCCAGUUUUAUUCUUUCAUUCUGUAGUGAAAAGUGGAUAUUAAAACUUCGAAAGCUAUGUUUCCAAAAGAUCAAUGAACAGGAUAUGUCUUUUAUUGAUUUGGAAAAUACUAAGGCUUCUGAAAUUACAGCUUUACUCAUGAAUGACUCUCGAGAUUUGCGGAAUCUUGUUUCUGAAUUUCUCUCUUUGGCUCUCAACCUAGUUGUCAUGGUUCUUGUUGGAGUAACUUGGUCAAUUAUUUCAGGUUGGAAGUUGGCUUUGGUUGGGAUAUCUUUUGUACCUCUUGUUUUGUCAGUUACAAGAGUAUACGGUAUUUUGUUGGAACUGUCUGAGAAUUGUUAUAAGUCUACGGUUGCAAAAUUGGAAAAUCACAAUUACGAAACUCUCACAGCUAUCAGAUCCAUAACCAUCCUUCGAUUACAAAACUACUUUAAAGAGGAGUUUGAUUGCAAUAUUCAACGCAUUAGAAAAAGAGGUACUAUACGAGCACUUCAGACUGGCCUUGGGCUUGGUCUUACCGAAGGUUGUAACGCCAUAGCAACAGGAACAAUCUUGUACUACGGUAUGGUACUCGCUGGUAAGAAUGAAUAUACCCAACAACAGCUUUUGCAAGUUAUUACGAUCUUGACAUUAACGAUGACCAAUGCUGCAGGCCUCAUGAACCAACUCCCGGAAAUUGCAAGAGGACAAAGAGCUGGAACUAGAAUUAUCAAGUUGUUGAAUAUGACGCCUUCAGAAGCCGAGAAUGAUGGCGACAUCACGAUAAACAGAAAUUUUACCAAUCCUUUACUACAAUUUGACAAUCUUCAAUUUGGUUAUUCUGGGCAAGAGAACGUUCUCAAGAAUGUCAGUUUCAAUAUAGAUAAGGACGACAUUUGUGCUAUAGUAGGUAAAUCUGGAGGAGGAAAGUCCACUAUUGCUUCUUUGCUUAUGAGACUCUACAAUGCUGGUGAUAGAAGUAUAUUUCUAUCGAACUAUGACAUAAUGAGGCUAGAUAUCGACCAUCUAAGAGAUACGAUUACAAUUGUUCCUCAGAAUCCCAGCUUCUUUGAAGGCACCAUCUUCGAUAACUUAACUUACGGUAUCAAUCCAAAGAAAAGAGUGAAUAUGGAUAAGAUCUACAAAGUUUUGAAAUACGUCAAUAUGUACUCAUAUGUACUAUCAUUGCCUGAAGGUGUCCAUACGAUAAUCGGCGAGGGUUCUCAUUCGCUUCUCUCUGGUGGCCAGAGCCAGAGGCUCUCAAUAGCCAGAGCAUUAAUUAGGGAUCCACAGGUGUUGAUCUUGGACGAGUGUACAUCAAACUUGGAUAAGGAAAAUACUGACUUUAUUAUCAAUUUGAUCAACACUACUUUACGAGGCAAAAUGACUAUAAUUUUGAUUACUCACGAUGUUGAGGUAAUGAAGGUUGCUAAUAGAAUAAUAAAGGUCAAGAAUGGUUACAUAGUCGAGCAAAGGUAA